AUGGAAAAAAUUGAAUAUCGAGCUGUAAUUAAAUUUUUAUUUUUGAAAGGCAAUACGCCUUCACAAAUUAAAGAUGAGUUGGACUCUGUGUAUGGUGACUCUGCACCAUCGUUUACCACUGUAAAAUUUUGGGCAGCUGAAUUUAAACGUGGUCGCAGGAGCUUGGAAGAUGAUGAACGUCCUGGGCGUCCAAAAACUGUAACCACUAACGAUAACAUCGCUAAAGUUCAUCAAUUGGUACUAGACGACCGCCGGAUUAAAGUUAGGGAAAUAGCUGAGAUUAUGAAGAUGUCAAAAGAACGUGUUUGUCACAUAUUAAACCAAGAUUUGGGCAUGAGAAAGCUGUCCGCGCGUUGGGUGCCGGGUUUGCUUACGCUAGACCACAAACUUGCGCGCAUGAACAUUUCCAGCGCUCUAUUUGGAAGGGUUGCAGAGCUGGGAGCAUCACUGGGAGAACCCCCGGUUAAGGGCACAACCCACGAGCACUGCACCAUAGUAGCGGCAAUAGCACACGCCACCAGCGACAGCAACGCUUUCAUGGGCGAUUGCGUGGCUUAUUUCAUCGCAGCGCUCACGGUGGCGUAUACGUGA